AUGUCCAAUGAUCACACUGGAGAUUCGAGCGGCUCAUCAACACCCCAGAAUCAGCCAAGACUUCUACCACCACGGCGGAAUGUAUCAUUACACAGGCAAGAAUUCGAAAAGUCGAAAAGGGCAAUGACAUUAGGCUGGGAUAAGGUACGCGAUAAUCUCCAGCCUGCCAUAUCAGAAGAUACAAUCGCGGCCCUACCCCCAUCAACCUCUAUUUCUUCGGCUUCGACCUCGAUUACAUUACCAUCGUCCACUUCCCGAUCCCCCUUAGUCAAUCAACGAAUUGGACAACGUGGCCCUAUAUUCAAUCCAUUCUCCCGCGGUCAGACCACCUCAGAUCCUAUAAUGAAUUUGCAGAACGAUCACCGACAAUACAAUAUGGCCUCCACAACCCUUGCUGCUGCUCAAGCUGCAGGUAUGACCAAUUUCGGUCGUAAUUUUCGUACCAGUCGAUUCAUGCACAAUAAUGGUAUCUAUGCCACGACAACAGCAGUACAGCAGGAUAUAUAUCGCCUUGAACGUGCGUUAGAUAAAAUGCUUAUGCAAUUCAACACUCGUGGUCAGCAUGCCAGCUUUACAAAUUCUUCUUCAGAGCCUCUUGACUCCAAUAUAAGUGUUCCAAGUGAACCUACAUCUCACAAACUUCAUCUGUUUCCUCGACAUCCAAGAGUAGAAACAAGUGCACAGACAUCCUCUACAGGAGAUUUAGCAGAUAAACUAAGCAAAGAAUCUCGAUCAGAUAUUACUCGAGUAUCAGCAAUUAUGACAUCCCUGGUGGAGAUUCUUCGGAAGCAUAAACAAGCAACAAGGCUUCCAUUAACAGGAGAGAUAUUAGCUAUCCUUGCUGUUCCAUUUGAUCAGUUUUUAUUCAAUAGUGAUAAGUUGGAUGAUUGUAGACAAGCCUUAGAUAUAUUUGAUUAUAUUCGGGGGAGAUUUACACAAUUAACACCAGAUGAAAACUUUGAACAAAUAAUAUUUUGCUGCAGACUGAUGGAAACAAAUCAGUUACAACUCAAGAUACGAAUCAUUUCGACCUUAAAAGAAAUAAUGUCUCCUUUGAUAGGAAAUACACUCCUUUUACCUUCAACGCCAGGAGCAUUUAAUUCGCUUGUAUACACUCUAGUGAAUGCAUUAGUAAGCAUUUCACCUAUUCCUAUAACCGGCCAGGAACCCCUAUGUUUUGAUGAAGAAAGCGACACUGCUAGAGAUAAUAUUAUUGAAAUGCUAGACAUUUUAGCAAGUGGUGAUAUGAUUCCCAUUGCUGGAGAUCAAUGGGACUCUUAUUAUACAGCUUCCUUAACAAGUACCGCCCCUGUAUCUAUUGCAAGAUUUUGUGUCGUAGAAAGUCUUUGCAAAUCUCUCAUGACAGGGAAAUAUGCUUAUGAAAAUCCAUACAAAGGAAAUGUGUCUUUUCAUGGGACAACCUCACAAGAAAACCCCCGAGAUAAACUAAUCAUAUCCAACCUACUUCCACGGUAUUGGUCUGAGCCAACACUAGACGUAUUACCAGCUUAUUUGAAAGUUGUAUUUGUAUUAUCUGAGGCUGGCAAGUUUUCUAUAACCAAAUUACCAGUAUCAAUUCUCGAAGUAAAUUUGCGGGAUAAAGAUAAAGACUAUAAACAAAAGAACGUGGCGCUCAAUCUGGUGACAAUGCUUCUGUCCCUCCUGUCCGUUUCGAGCCUCGAAGAAGCCAUAAUAAACAACAGUAGAUUCUCGCCAAAUCAUAGCCCUCAACCCUCUGUACAAAGCUCAACAUACGAUCAUGGAUUUUCCUAUCCAACUGAUGAACACAACUCAGGUCUUCCAGUCGACACACCCCACGAAAUUAAUAUACCGCAGAAUAUUCUAAGCGACAUCAAGACGUAUUUUGAAGAAUUUUGGCAUGGAGGUUACAGCGAAUCCAUCGUCUUUGGUACUGAAGCUAUGCUAGAAGACUCAUUAAGUGAGCGUUCUGUAAGAGUAUAUCACAACCUGGCUUUCAACGUUGACCAUAACAUCAGCAAUGAAAUUGUCAAACGAACUAUACCAACUAUCUUUACCACAAUCACUUCAACAUACCCAGAAAACAUCCCCUCCUUGAGCGAUCUUCUGUCAAAAAUAGCAAAAUCGUAUAGACCGAUAUUUUAUAAACCUGUUGUGUCGUGUGUAGCUUCUAAUGAUCAAGAAAAGGUUGUUAGCUUAUUAACCCUCAUGUCCUGUCUACGACGAUACCUUUCAGGAGUUCAAUACUGGAUGCAGGAUGCCGAAAUGAUCAAUGUACUCCUCCUGAGCGAUGUUGGAAAUAAAAGAACAAGGCGUUCAGAGCGCGAGUAUAAUCCUACUCAAUUAUUAUCAGCAGGGAAUUCGGAUAACGCAUCAGAUACAAAAUGGGGAAGUACAACUCUUGGACAAUGCGUUGUUGCAGCUGAAUUUUCAGAGGCUAUCAAAGAAUUGAGGGACAAGCAAAGGGAUAGAGACCGGAACAUGGAAGAAGACGAGAUUGCGAAGAAGUUCCUGAUUGAUUUGGAAAGGCGUAUAUCUGUUUUUAUGACAGCUAAAGAAAAGCUUGUUUUGAUACCAAUCCCACUCCGAGUAAUCAUUUGCAACAUAUUUCUUGAUAUACGAUUUUUCUGUAAUACUACUCAUCGUCCAGGAUGGCUGACACGGUCUAUAGAGUGGGCCACACAACCAGUAGCCACUGCAGAACUUUAUCUCGAUUCAGAGAAAAUGACUUCACCAUGGGAAGCAGCGAGCAGUGAUGGAGAAAACGGACCAAGAAUGCCACGUACUUCAGUAAUGCUCCACAACACUUUUCUUGACGACGUUACACUUAUGUUUGAGAAGAUCAGAAUUGUACAUGCCCUUACAGUUGACGAGUUAGCUAAAGAAGCUGCAAGCACGGGUUCUUACAAUGAUAGACCAGUUUCAAGAGUACCACCUAGAUCUGAAUCAGCUGAAUCAGGUCAUAGCACUGUUAGCAAUGACUAUGGAACAAGUGAUGAGCAACCAAAUCCGUUAAUCCAACGAAAUAGACGACUCAAAAGCAUCAUAACAGAGUAUUCUAUAAAUUUAGAGACUGAAAUAUCUCUUAGUACCCACCCCCCUCUUCGAAUUUCCUACAAUGAAUCUCUACAAGAUGGACCUGCUACAACUUUAGCUAAGCGACGACUGGAAAGAUUACCAAAGAUCAACCAGGAUCCAUUUGGCUCGGUUUUUUCCUUACUUGUCGCCGUUUUUACAACAUUGUCUACUCAAGAAUUUUCUCGCCUAGUCACUCCAUUGUGGGAGAGAUUCACCGAUGAUCGUAAUCCACAAGUAUUUAUACCAGCCGCAUUUUUGCUUAUGCAAUGUGGAGAAAAAGUACCAAAAACUGUUAUAGAAGUAACUACUCGCGACUUCUACAGCACAAACCCUACUUGUAGAAUUUCUGCUAUCCGAAAGCAUGCUGCUAUCAAUGCGUAUCGCUUUAAUGUUCUUGCUCAAGAAUAUAUUCCAAUCUCUUCCCGCCGUCGCCCAUUUCGAGGAGAUGGCGGUGCAUUCUCAACACCGUUUGUUCCAACCGAUCUCGGAAGUAACCAAUAUACCAUGGAUGAACCGCGUUGGAUGUCAAAACUUAAAAAUGCGAGUAAUUUCCCCAUUGAAUUAAAGAGACAGAUUCAGGAACUGGGGUGGGAUGACGAUGACCAAGGUGAAGAGCAUGAAGCUUUAAAGAAGGUUUUGACUCCUCUGGCUCUUCUUCCCUCCCUCUUUUUAGAAGAAGAGGACGAAAGAAUGAACGAGUCUGUAGAAGGCGGAAGAGUACACAAGAGCGACACAAAACAAGUGAAUAUCAGUCAGAUGAUUACACGUAGAAAACGUGCGUCUACUGUCCAUGCCUUUACAGUAUCUUUCUUGAGUAUGGUCGACCUUCUAAAAGAUGAGGAUAGUGGUGUGGCUAGUUCCUUGCGAGAACUAUUGGAAACACUUACACGUGAUGACCCUUCACUUUUCUUGCGAGCUUUCCUAAGCGAUCUUGGAAAAUAUAAGGCUGAUCGCCAUCAUGAUAUCCUAUCACGAUUGCGCUACCUGGUCAGUAUACAAGCGAAGCUACCUCCUGGGUUUGCGUACAUACUGUUCAACUAUUUAUCGGGUAUGCUUAAAUGGCUCACUCGCGAAAAUAAGAAAGAUGGGCUUGUUUUAAUGGCUUUAAUUCAUCCCAUUCUGGCUGAGUUAACCUUGUCAACGAACGGUCUGUCUACUCGCGAUCUCCGCAAGAAUAAAAUUGAGCACCUCUUAGCCAGUACGGGUCGAUUCUGGUUCACUACAGAACAGCCAGUUGCUAUGUUUCCGCGCGGUUUAACUGACAUGAAGUCUCCGUUCUCUGUUCUUGAUAUUCCCUGGGAUGUGUUCUCUGUGGCUAUGCUACGAAUCAGCCAUAUUCAAUUUUUGACUAAUUUUCUGACUCGCUAUCCAAGAGAAGUUUAUGCUGUAAAAAAGACCCUUCAAGACUAUGAGCCUAUUACGUUAUCCGAAGUUGAUAUAAGCUGGGCUGGAGUUGAAACAGAAGACAUGUACUUUCCUGAUGCCAAGCUACGCAAACGACUUGAUACUGAUGUCGUAUUUGAAAGCGUGGAAAAUGCUAUACACCAAUCACACGAGAUAGAGCCAGAUAGACGUUCUUCUCAGCAACAUGAUGAUAUAUCCACUCUUUCGGCUUUACGCGCAAGAGUCUGGCUUCGUUUCAUUGAUGUACUGCUUAACGGUUUGAAUAAGAACUACAACGACCGUAUGGAACUUGAACGAAUUCUGAAGGGUGUAAAUGUAAUUAUCUUAGAGCACAAAAACGAUUUUGGAAUUAUUGGGCAGACACUUGUUCUCUAUACUCGUGUUGUUACUCGAUUCAAGCGUCUUUUUGUCUCGAAUCGUGGCUAUACGACAUUUACACCAUCGCUUUUUAAAGUAUUUUGCGACGUAGAACGAUUUCCUCAUAUUCGGUCUGCAAUUACAUUUGCCUGGUGCAGAUUUUACGCAGUACACGAAGAGGCUUUUGUAUUCCAAAUGCUGGGGGCACUUGUACCUUUGAUUCUCAAGGCUUACAUCAAGUCUGCAAGCCUUGGAUCUUGGAUGACAGACAAUUUAUUUACACUUAUGCAAGCUAUGCACAACCCACCUCGCUUAGGAGCAACUUCAGACGUUCUCGGAUUGCAGUUACAGGUUGAAUUAGACGAUCACGAACGCUCUAUUCAGGAACGGAUCGACUCUGUCAGCAACCCAAUGGCAAUACCUCUGUCGACAACUAUUCUUAAACCUUUGGGUAGAAGUGUUACUGCUCCGAUCCUCCCGUUAAUUGAUAAUGAUUUUUCAGAGAGAAAGUUCAAACUAGACAACUUUAUCAGACUAUUCUUAACAGUUAUUGCUUAUGAUCCAGGAUCACUAAGAGCAGAACAAUUUGUGAAAAUGUUUAGACAUCUAUUGCCAAGAUUCUGGAGGCUCACCAAUUUGAAAGAACUUGUGGCAGAAGGUGUUUCAGCUCUAGUUGAAGUCUUUGUAAAGUUCAGCAAGAAUGCAAAGCCACUGGCAGGUCUAGGCACUACAAACACUUCUCAGUCAGGCGGUGGAACGUCAAAAGUGCCUUUUGCAGAAGAACAAAAUAAAGGCCAAGGUCCAAGUCGAUCAGAAUCCGCUCAACAUGCGUACGGAAAGCAAUGGCAACAAAACGAUCGUCUGACUAUAAAGAAAGAGUUUGUACUUCUUGUACGCGAAUACUUGAAAAAUGGCGGGAAACUAUCAGAAAUGAACCACGAAAAGAUGGCUACUGUCAUUAAGAUUGUCAUGAGAGAUUAUGGAACAAUUCGAGAUUCAACUUGUUCUACAGACUGGAUCAGAGACUAUUUGGUCGAUGCACUCAAUGCACUUAACGCCAAUGAUCUUACAAAAAAUUACACAAAGCCAUUCAAAAAGAUCUUAAUUCAGAUUCAUGCACAAUAUCGUACCCAAUGGAAGAACACGGAUGCCGCUGACCUGUAUGAGGGGCUAGCGAUCGUUUUAGAGCGCGGGCAAGGACAACCCGUUAAUAUGAUGGACAUCGCAGGUGUAAUUAAGGAACGAUUUGUACCUUUCGGAAUUACAGUAGCUAUGCGCUCCGAGUGGGAAAAGGAUGAUAUUGGACACACACGAUUCUGCAAUUCACUUGUUCGACUCAUAAUUGCCAUUCUUGAGACUACAACUCAGGAUGUAUUGUAUGAAAUCGAACAGCUCCCACCAUCAGCAGUACUUAUUGGAAAGAUCUUAAUCCCAAUCUGCCUUCAAUACGAUCUUCGCUGGGAUGGCAAUAUUGCAUCUGAAAUUGGAAGAUAUCGACCUAACCCGUCAGCCAACUGGAUGCGUCUUUUGGCCUACACCACAAAGUCAUGUAGUCAAGCGUCAUUAUUAAAAGCAAAAACUUCUGGGUUUUCGUUAACUUCUCUGACAUCUGGAAUUGGUCAUCCAGGUGCCCAAGAUACGGCAGACGCGGCAGAAACCCCAGAAACGAAGGAGACGUUGCAUUCUAUAUCUUCUGUAGCUUUAUUAUUUUCUCUUAGCUUUGUGGCCCUUAAAAUUAUUUUAAUACGUGGCGCAAAAUCGUUUGAUGGUAUUAAGGGAGCUUGGGUUCAAGUGGCUUACUUCCUUAAAGAGGCUCUUGCUUUUGGACAAGCUCUAAAAACCCUUCGUCCGAAAUCAGGAUCAGGUCGCUCAACACCUAGUCAGGUACAAUCCCCAGGGACGUCUCCAAAUUACUGGUCAGUUAUGCCAGGGUCUCCUGAUUUCCGGAUAUCUCUUCAGUCUGGCCCGGUCUCAAUGUCGGUUGUGUAUGAUUUUGCUAUCUGGCGUUUCUUGGAGUUUGUUGUUUGCUACAAGAGUCCAUUGAUCCUAUUUCUAAGGGAUUUUAUUCAUGAAAGACUUCGAGAUGUCGGAAGCUCUCAUAAUCGAUCGACAAUACAUGGCCCUGUCACCCCUAGAACCACAAACUCUGGCAUGACCACUGAUUCUUCUGGACGGAGAUCAAGGUGGAAGAGUUGGAGUGGAGGGCUUUCCCCAAAAGAAAAAGAUCCUAUACCAACUGUAAACAUCAAUACCCCAUCAGUUCAUAUUGAACAUGACACAUCUCCAGUUAAUCUCUCCCCCGAUACUUCGACAUGCGGCUUAGGACUUCAUAUACCUGGGAUGUCUCGCCCAAUAUCAUCACUUAACUCACCUUCAUUUUCUGCUCGUGCUUCCUAUGACUGGUCUGAUACAGAACAGGAUACACAUGCUCAUCCCGGGUUGUCUCCGCGCUCCUCAACUACCCCAAGAAGUAGCCCAGGAAGUCCUGGUAGACCAUCUAUCCUUGCUCAGUCCUCCGAAUAUCAUUCAACAUCUACACUACUUCAUGCCAUCCAUGCAGAAAGUCUUACAGCUCUUGUGGCUGUACAAGUAUUUAUGGGCUAUAAGCCCGCAUUACCAUGGAUGACAGACCGACCUGACACCCAGUUGCGUCCUUGGAGCUACCAUGAAGCAGUAAAAAAGAUGGUGUCAGAGUGGCAACUGAUGCUUCAGCUUCGUUCAGAAACAGCCGAAAGUAUGAAUAAGCAACUUCCUCUCUCUGCUCAUAUAACAGGAUCCCCUCUACAGUAGAUUCAUUUAUCCAAACUAUUACACAAUAUAUUUGUAAAUACAGUGCUCUUUUUUCUUUUCCAAAACACAUAAAUCUUAAUCCUCUAUGAUAUUGGUGUAUCU